AUGGAGGUGGUGUCUGUGGCCUGCUGUCUCCUAGUGAGAGUCUCCAGCCUGAUGCCCGCCUGCUGUGCCCUGUGUCCGCACAGCGCUCCGGCAGAGACUGCUCAGUCCUCGUUCACCCGCCUCAGCAGCUCCCACACACCAGGGGGUCGCAGCAGCAGCUGUGCGCCCCGUCACUUCUCACUUACAGUGUUGUGUAUCUUCUCUCUCUCGGGCCCCUGCACUGCUCCUCUGGACUCCCCCGCCUCACGCUCCAGUCUCCUCGCACCUGGGUCUUGA